GAUCCUGAAUCAUGCCUGAGGUUGUGAAAGCGCCCAAGAAGGGCUCCAAGAAAGCCGUGUCCAAGGCCGUCAGCAAGAGCGGCAAGAAGAAGAGGAAGACCAGGAAGGAGAGCUACGCCAUCUACGUGUACAAGGUGAUGAAGCAGGUCCACCCCGACACAGGCAUCUCCUCCAAGGCCAUGGGCAUCAUGAACUCGUUCGUGAGCGACAUCUUUGAGCGCAUCGCCGGUGAGGCCUCUCGUCUGGCUCACUACAACAAGCGCUCCACCAUCACCUCCAGGGAGAUCCAGACCGCUGUCCGCCUGCUGCUGCCCGGCGAACUGGCGAAGCACGCCGUGUCUGAGGGAACCAAGGCCGUGACCAAGUACACCAGCUCCAAGUAGACCUCAUCUAGAACACCAACCUAAAGGCUCUUUUAAGAGCCACCCACUUCUUCUGAAGACAAUUUCCUGAUGUUUUUUAUAUCUGCAGGGCAUACUAUAAAUUUUUGUUUUAAAACUUCAUAGGAUAUCCAAUAUAAACACUGUAAACCAUCUUAAUUGCAAGACAUUGCCUUGUUGCCUAAUUGUAUACAUACAUACAUUUGGUAACAAACUUUUUCCUCAUCAAAUUAACUCUGUGAAAUAGAUACCAGUAUCUACUCCAGAAUCAAACCAUUUAAUGACUGAAGUGGGCAUGUAGUUUUCUCCCUCUCCAAUUUUUGUAUUGUAGUGAAUGAGUAAUUACUCAUAUCUGUACAUUGUGAAUACAUA